GAAGAGUGUGUGAGAGUGUGUGAGAAGAGCACCGACAGACGACAGCAGACAUGGCAGAAGUCGCUCCAGCCGCUCCCCCUGCCCCGGCCACCGCCACGGCGAAAGUGCAGAAGAAGAAGGGAUCUUCCAAGCCGAAGCCUAGGACCGGCCCCAGCGUCGGAGAGAUGAUCGUCCAGAUUCUCAAAGAGUCAAAAGAGCGUAAAGGCGAGUCUCUGGCUGCUAUAAAGAAGAAGCUGGCUGCCCGGGGCUACGACGUGGACAAGAACCGCAAGCGGAUCCUUCUGGCGCUCAAGAAGCAGGUGGACAGCGGCGUCCUGGUGCAGAUCAAAGGCUCCUACAAGAUCAAGAAGGCCGACAAGACCGACAAGAAGCCCGCAGCCAAGAAGCCCGGAGCCAAGAAACCCGCCCGUAAGACGGUCAAGGCGGCCAGGCCGGCCAAGUCGCCCGGCGCUAAGAAACCAUCAGGGACGCCCAAGAAAACAGCUGCCGCUAAGAAGUCCAAGCCAAGCUCGGCCAAGAAGCCAGCCAAGUCAACCACCAAAAAAUCACCCAGCAAGAAGAAGGAGGUAAAGAAAACAGCGGCUAAAAAGGCCACGAAGAGCGCGACGACGCCCAAGAAAUCUGCAAAGAAGGCGGCAAAGAAACCAGCAGCAAAGAAGCCCGUCAAGUCUAGAGCCAAAGGAAAGCCAACCAAGAAGUGAGCAGCUCAACAACAACAACAACAA